UCAACGUCUCUAGAAAAAUGCAGUACAAUAUAGUAUUUAUUAAGAAUAAUUAUGGACUUAUGGUAUAAGGCGCGAGUAGAAGUACAUAUAUAUAUACUCGCGAAAAUAUUGCAUCUGAUUAACUCCUUUUUUUCUUUAUUACAAAACAGAGAGCUCUGUUCUAUUUCUUCUUCUUCUUCUCCUCCGCCGUAUAUAUAAAACCCUUCCCCGAAACCCUCGGAGCUACAUCACGAGCAAUGACCGGCGCAUUGUUCAGAAACGCUGCCUCCGACGCCGCUCGGAUCUUACGUUCACACCGAACGUCCACGGCUAAUCCUCUCGGAAGGCUCGAUCUCUUACCCCGAGGAGGAGACGUCCGGCGAUUUCAACCGAGGCCUUAUUUUCGUACGCCGCAGCUUCUCGGUAGAUCAAAGGAAGCCAGAGUCCCUCCUCGUUCGUUGAUCUCCGGUUUCUGCUCUUCCUCUUCUUCCUCGACAGCCUCUACGGCGUCGUUUGUGAAGACAGGGUUCAUGGGAUGGUAUAUGAGCAUGUUGAAAACACGGCCGGUUCUGACUAAGUCCGUCACGUCGUCUCUUAUCUACAUAGCCGCUGAUUUGUCUUCACAGUCAAUUCCUCAAGCUUCGUCCGAGUCUUAUGACUUGGUGAGAACAGCUAGGAUGGCUGGAUAUGGUUUACUGAUCUUAGGUCCUACGCUUCACUAUUGGUUCAAUCUUAUGUCAAGACUCUUCCCGAAGCGAGAUCUGAUCACCACGUUUAAGAAAAUGGCCAUGGGACAGACGGUGUAUGGUCCUACCAUGAACGUUGUUUUCUUCUCGCUGAAUGCAGCCCUACAAGGGGAAAACGGAUCAGAGAUAAUUGCUAGAUUGAAAAGAGAUCUACUUCCCACGAUGCUGAACGGUGUCAUGUAUUGGCCUAUGUGUGAUUUUAUUACAUUCAAGUUCUUCCCAGUUCAUUUACAGCCACUUGUGAGUAACUCGUUUUCGUAUCUGUGGACAAUCUACAUAACUUACAUGGCAGGACGUGAGAAACCAACUGCCAUUGCUAGUUGAAGCAGCUCUGUUCACACGCUCAUGAAGAAAGGGAAGCAAAGCUUUCUUCAACAUUCUUUGUUUCAUCUCUGAAGAUUUCAGAGUAAAUGUAAAGACUUUGAAGAACUAUGCAUUUGGAUAUCACUCAUGGAUUUAACUCAGCUUGGCGUUUAUACUUCUGUGUAAUAGUUGAUGACAUGGAUGUUUCUUAAAUUUUGACCAGACAUGUCAAACAAGUCUUUUCAAGAAAGUGAAAUGUUCCUUUUUUGCUUUCA